CAGUCAUCAUGGCUAUUAUAACUUUACUGCUGUUAAGUGUUGUCGGAUCUGCAUUUUGUCAUGGCCCAUAUGGUGGUGGAGGCGGCGGAUGGUAUGGCGGUGUUGGUGGUGGUGGCGGCGGCGGUGGUGGCGGAGGAUUGGGAUCUAGCGGCAGUGGAGGACUAUUAUUAGUAGGCGGAGGAUUGGGAGGAGCAGAAGGAGGGGGAGGAGGUGGUUGGGGAAAAGGAGGAUAUGGUGGUGGAAGCGGCGGAGGUUAUAGUGUUGGGUAUGGCGGCGGUGGCGGCGGAGGAUUCGGAUCCGGCAUUAGUGGUGGAGGUGGACUAUUGUUAUUAGGCGGAGGAGGCGGAGGAGGCGGAGGAGGCGGAGGGGGCGGAGGAGGAGGCGGAGGAGGAGGAGGUGGAGGAAAGAAAGGUAGUCAAGUAUGGUGUACCUGUCGUAAAGGACAAUGUUUUAAAGGAGAAUUUGUUUUGGACAAGUAUUGCAGACUAACACCCUUAUUCCCAGGGAAAUGGACUACAUGCUGUAAGGUGUUACCAAACAGUGUAACUAACCGUAGUUACGGAGGAGGCGGUGGUGGAGCUGGAGUCGGCGGCGGUGCUGGUAUCGGUGGUGGAUCUGGAUCUGGAGGUGGAUCCGGAGGUUCCAGUGGUGGAUAUGGGUAUGGUGGAGGACCUGUCUAUGGAGGUGGAUCUUGGUAUGGAGGCGGAUCUGGAAAUGGAGGUGGAUCUGGAGGGUCCAGUGGUGGAUAUAUGUAUGGUGGAGGACAUGUCUAUAGAGGUGGAUCUUGGUAUAGAGGCGGAUCUGGAAAUGGAGGCGGAUCUGGAAAUGGAGGUGGAUCUGGAUAUGGAGGCAGAAAAGGAAGUACAUAUUAAACAAGAAUCGUCUAACAGCUUUUUAGCAAAUGAAUGUGUUGUCUGAUAUCUGUCAAAACAAUUAAAACAUAUUUAUGCACAA